AUGUUUCACAUUAGCUCACAGAAAAAGUUCUGGACAUUCGACAAUGAAGAAAGUCUGGAACAACUGAGAUAUGAAGCCAACCAGAAAUAUCGCAACAAAAUGUUUGCCAGUGGGAAGGUAACAUUAUUUUAUAAUGUAACAUUGGUGGGAUGGAGUUUUGGCACAGAUACAACAUCUGGUUAAUUAUUCUAUUUGUAUUUAGUGGCUGACAAGGCAGCAGCUACUCUUCCUGGGGUCCAGCAAAAUUAAGGCAGUUAUACAUUUAAAAAACAUUACAAUUAAUUCAUAACAGAUUUCACAACAUAUUAAGUGUGUGCCCUCAGGCCUCUACUCUACUACCACAUAUCUAUAACACAAAAUACAUGUGUAUGUGUUUGUAUAGUGCGUAUGUUACAGUGUGUUUGUAUGCAUGUGGCUAUGUUUGUGUUGCUUUACAGUCCCCGCUGUUCCAUAAGGUGUAUUUUUAUCUGUUUUGUAAGUCUAAUUUUACUGCUGUCAUGAGUUACUUGAUGUGGAAUAGAGUUCCAUGUAGUCAUGGCUCUAUGUAGUACUGUGCGCCUCCCAUAGUCUGUUCUUGACUUGGGGACUGUGAAGAGACCUCCCGAGUGGCGCAGUGGUCUAAGGCACUGCAUCGCAGUACUAGCUGUGCCACUAGAGAUCCUGGUUCGAAUCCAGGCUCAGUCGUAGCCGGCCGCGACCGGGAGACCCAUGGGGCGGCGCACAAUUAGCCCAGCGUCGUCCAGGGUAGGGGAGGGCAUGGCCGGCAGGGAUGUAGCUCAGUUGGUAGAGCAUGGUGUUUGCAACGCCAGGGUUGUGGGUUCGAUUCUCAAGGGGCCAGUAUGAAAAAUAAAAAAAUAAUGUAUGCACUCACUAACUGUAAGUCGCUCUGGAUAAGAGCGUCUGCUAAAUGACUAAAAUGUAAAUGUAAAAUGUGGCAUGUCUUGUGGGGUAUGCAUGGGUGUCCGAGCCAGUUGUUCAAACAGAUAGCUCGGUUCAUUCAACAUGUCACGAAUACAAGUAGUGUUGAAGUCAAUCUCUCCUCCACUUUGAGCCAGAAGAGAUUGACAUUUAUAUUAUUAAUGUUAGCUCUCUGUGUAUAUCCAAGGGCCAGCCGUGCUGCCCUGUUCUGAGCCAAUUGCAAUUUUCCUAAGUCCCUCUUUGUGACACCUGACCACACUACUGAACAGUAAGUAGUGCAGGUGUGACAAAACUAGGGCCUGUAGGACCUGCCUUGUUGAUAGUGCUGUUAAGAAUGCAGAGCAGCGCUUUAUUAUAGACAGACUUCUCCCCAACCUAGCUACUGUUGUAUCAAUAUGUUUUGACCAUGACAGUUUACAAUCCAGGGUAACUCCAAGCAAUUUAGUCUCCUCAACUUGCUCAAUUUCCACAUUAUUCAUUACAAGAUUUAGUUGAGGUUUAGAAUUUAGUAAAUUAUUUGUCCCAAAUACAAUGCUUUUAGUUUUUGAAAUAUUUAGGACUGACUUAUUCCUUGCCACUGAUUCUGAAACUAACUGCAGCUCUUUGUUAAGUGUUGCUGUCAUUUCAGUCGCUGUGGUAGCUGACUUGUAUGGUGUUGAGUCAUCCGCAUACAUAGACACACUGGCUUUACUCAAAGAUUGAAAAAAGUAAGGGGCCUAGACAGCUGCCCUGGGGAAUUCCUGAUUCUACCUGGAUUUUGUUGGAGAGGCUUCCAUUAAAUAACACCCUCUGUGUUAUGUUAGACGGGUAACUCUUUAUCCACAAUAUAGCAGGGGGUGUAAAGCCAUAACACACAAUUUUUUUCCAGCAACAGACUAUGAUUGAUAAUGUCAAAAGCCGCACUGAAGUCUAACAAAACAGGCCCUACAAUAUUUUUAUCAUCAAUUUCUCUCAGCCAAUCAUCAGUCGUUUGUGUAAGUGCUGUGCUUGUUGAAUGUCCUUCCCUAUAAGCGUGCUGAAAGUCUGUUGUCAAUUUGGUUACUGUGAAAUAGCAUUUUAUCUGGUCAAACACCAUUUUUUCCAAAAGUUUACUAAGGUUUGGUAACAGGCUGAUUGGUUGGCUAUUUGAGCCAGUUAAAGGGGCUUUACUAUUCUUAGGUAGGGGAAUAACUUUAGCUUCCCUCCAGGCUUGAGGGCACACACUUUCUAGUAGGCUUAAAUUGAAGAUAUGGCAAAUAGGAGUGGCAAUAUCGUCCGCUAUUAUCCUCAGUAAUUUUCCAUCCAUGUGACCCCGGUGGCUUGUCAUUGUUGAUCGACAAUAAUACUUUUUUCAGCUCUUCCACACAUACUUUACGAAAUUCAAAAUUACAAUGCUUGUCUUUCAUAAUUUGGUCAGAUGUACUUGGAUGUGUAGUGUCAGCAUUUGUUGCUGGCAUGUCAUGCCUAAGUUUGCUAAUCUUGCCAAUGAAAAAAUCAUUAAAGUAGUUGGCUCAUUCAUCACAAAACCCACUGAUAUUGCCAUCUGAUUCAAUGAAUGAUGGAGCCGCGUUUGCCUUUUUGCCCAAAAUGUCAUUUCUUUGUUUCAUAGAGUAGUUUCUUCUUUUUAUUCAGUUUAGUCACAUGAUUUCUCAAUUUGCAGUAUGUUUGCCAAUCGGUUGUACAGCCAGACCUAUUUGCCAUCUCUUUUGCCUCAUCCCUCUCAACCAUACAAUUUUUUUAUUCCACAGGGAUUUAACCGUUUUUACAGUGAUAUUCAUAAUGGGUGCAUACUUAUUAGUAACUGGGAUAAGCAAUUUCAUAAAUGUGUCAAGUGCAGCAUCUGGUUGCUCGUCAUUACUCACCACAGACCAACAAAUAUUCCCCACAUCAACACAUAAGAAUCACUACAUAACUUCUUGCAUGACCUCUUAUACACAAUAUUAGGCCCAGCCUUUGGAAUUUUGGUUUUCCUAGAUAUGGCUACUAUAUUGUGAUCACUACAUCCAAUGGAUUUGGAUACUGCUUUCAAACAAAUUUCUGCAGCAUUAGUAAAGAUAUGAUCAAUACAUGUUGACAAUUUCAUUCCUGUACUGUUUGUAACUACCCUGGUAGGUUGAUUGAUAACCUGAACCAGGUUGCAGGCACUAGUUACAGUUUGAAGCUUUCUCUUGAGUGGGCAGCCUGAUGAAAGCCAGUCAAUAUUGAAAUCACCCAGAAAGUAUACCUCUAUUGAUAUCACAUAUAUUAUCAAGCAUUUCACACGUUAUCCAGAUACUGACUGUUAGCACUUGGUGGUCUAUAGCAGCUUCCAACCAGAAUGGGCUUUAGGUGAGGCAGGUGAACCUGUAGCCAUAUUACUUCAACAGUAUUUAACAUGAGAUCCUCUCUAAGCUUUACAGUAAUGUGGUUCUGAAUAUAGACCGCAACACUGACUCCAUUGGCAUUUUUAUUUUCUGUAAAUGUUAUAACCUUGUAUUGCUACCACUGUAUCAACAAAGGUAUUAUCUAAGUGAGUUUCAGAGAUUGUCAGAAUAUGAAUGUCAUCUGUUACUAGCAAAUUAUUGAUUUCAUGAACCUUGUUUCUUAAGCUACAUAUGUUAACGUGGGCUAUUUUUAACACUUUUCUGGGAUGCUUGAUUAUUUUUCUUACUUUACUGGGAAGCUUAGCAGAGGUAGACAUUCUCAGGUUAUUUGUAUUAGUGCAGGGUGAGCUGCACACAGUGGACUUCCUACUAGGGCACACCACCUCAGUGCUAACAGUAUUACUCUGGUUCAUAGGCAUAUGAUUACUGCAUACAAUAGCUGUAGGAUCAGCAGAGGCAUCCUGGGCAGUAAGAGGGACAUAAAUUAGGUUAUUUACAUUGAGUCUUCCAAUGCCUCUAGGAUAAUGUACAUUUGCUGAAUCAUUAUGACAACUCAGCGACACAAUGGUAGGGAUUAAAUGAGCUGGACUUGGGUCAUUGUCUCAACGCAGCCUUUAUAAUGCUGUGAAAGGAUCCAGGAACCCAAAUGAUUUGGGUGGAUCCCAUCCUCCUUAUAAUACAAGCUUUGUUUCCAGAAGGUAUCAAAAUUGUCAAUAAAUGUUACACCCACAGAGCUGCAAUAGUCUUGUAGCCAGUUAUGGAGGGCUAAAAGUCUGCUGAAACGUUCAAUGCCAGGAUUUAGGGAGGGCACAGGGCCAAAUAUUAUGGGGCGUUUGUUGGUGUCAAGCAGAGACCCAAUCAGUUCUUUAAAAUCCAUCUUCAGCUGUUCUGAGCUGCCCUUCAUAAUGUAAUUUGACCCCACAUGAACCAUGACAGUAUCAGCCCCCGGUGACUGAUGUUUAACCGGUGUAUACAUCUUAAGCAUCUGGUUGACGUUUCCACUCAUCACCAAAUAUGGUGAUGUGAGGAAGCCCAGUGGGAGAAGAUGGAGCAAGAUGGAUUUUGGCCAACAUUCUGCACAUUUUCCUCAUCGAUUAAACGUUUGAUGUCAAUACAGUUUUCUGUUCCCAAAAUGAAAAUCUGUUACGAACAGAAUGGACUAAGUAGACUUUACCCUUUGCAAAAGUUUGUAAAAAUAUGUUCAGGAGUGCAAGGGCUAAUUGAGUUAUUGCACACACACACUUCAGAGUAUGCGUUCCCUAACGGAAAUAUGCAAAUACAUGCUAGAACGCGCCAAUAGGAUCUUGUGCUUGGCUCUGCCCACCUCCUUGCUUGAUCUGCACACUAUGAUUAAUUUGCUCCUAUUGUAAAACAACAGGCUGUGUUCUAUAUUGGGUAAGUUAUAAAAUAAACUUUGGCUUUGGCCUGCCAGGUGAAUUAGACCUAGUUAAUAGACCAAUAAGAAAGAGUUACAAAGAGCUAAUUUUCAGUUUUCCACUCCCUGCUCAGACCACUCCCAGACAGUCCUAGCUAAAUUCUUGCGUGAGAAAUUGCUUUUUGCUAAGAAGCUAUUUUUGAGAAUUUUAAUGGUACUUGUUACACAGAAAUGAUUUGAUACUGAGAUAAAAAUGGCUGCAUUGGACCUUUUAAAACUUUGAUUAUAGUUGCCACCUGCUUCCAACUUUGAGUUUGUUAAUGCCCUUGUUCCCCCUCUCAUCCUUUCCUUUACCCCUACCUUGAUAAAGCCUGGGGUUAGUGAUGCCUUGUUCCUGGAGGCUCACGAGGAGAACGUCCUUUUCAGACACUAUGAGAAGAGACUCCUUGACUUCUGUAAUGCUUUCAAACCUGUGAUGCCCAAGUCUGUUGUGGUAUGUAUUUUGUAAGGGUACACCGUAAAUCAGACCUAGACUAACUGGAUUUAUCUGAGGGGCUUAACAGUGCAAUCAUCUCGACAGGGUACAGCUAUCAUGUAUUUCCGGAGAUUUUACCUGAACAACUCACUGAUGGAAUACCACCCUAGAACAAUCAUGUGAGUAGUAAAGUGCUUGUCUUUGACUAGUAGUCCCAGAGCCUUAUGUUGAGAAACUCCUAUUUAGAAACGGAUACACACUUGAUUUCUGAACUCACUGUACAUAACCUCUCUCGCCCUCAUUCUCUCUUCACAUAUUUUCCUUCUCCUCCUGACCUCCCUUUCCUCUGCUGUUCUGUUUGUCACCCAAUCUCCUUGCCACCCUUAUCAUCCCUUUUUGUCCCACCUCUGCCCUGGCUUCUUUCUUUCUUUCAGGCGGAUCUGUGCCUACCUGUCCUGUAAGGUGGAUGAGUUUAACGUGUCCAGCACCCAGUUUGUGGGGAAUCUUGUGCAGGAGAGUGCGGCCGGGCAGGAGAGGGCUCUUGAACAGAUUUUGGAGUAUGAGCUCCUUCUCAUUCAGCAGCUCAACUUCCACCUGGUGGUGCACACCCCCUACAGACCUAUGGAGGGCCUGCUCAUAGACCUCAAGGUGGGUGGAUGGAGAUACUUACCGGGUCUAUGAUGCUCAGUAGCGAUACAGCAGAUGAACAUAACCCGAUGUAGUGUAGUGCAAGAAUAUGCUGCUGAGAUUUAAAGAGCCAUGUUGCGGACGUUGUUGAUUCUGUAAGAAUAGAAAACCCAGCAGGUUAUGUACCAACUAAGGCUUCAGUUAACAGCCUUGUCUAUUGGUGACCUUUACCUCAGACAAGGUACCCUCUUCUGGAGAACCCAGAGUCUCUGAGGAAGAGCGUUGAUGACUUCCUGACGCGGGCCACCCUGACGGACAGUGGGCUGCUGUUUCCCCCAUCUCAGAUCGCCUUGACGGCCAUUCUGAACAGUGCGUCGCGGGCCGGCCUCAGCAUGGAGAGGUAGGCCACCAACUGGGCUCUGUGUUCUAGACUAGAGCAAGGCAAUGUUCCAGGGGAUAUGGGUCAAACAUGGCCUAGAGAACAGCAAGUGAAAACAAACAUUCUUCCAUAGUGUAUUGUAGACAGGGUAGUAUUCUCACAAUCUGUUUUCAUUAAUUGUUAGGAUAAAUUUAGCCUUGAACUAGUUGUUGUCCCCUUUGUUAUAGCUAUCUGACAGAAUGUAUGGGACUGAAGGAGGACAAAGAGACCCUCUUAAAGAUGUACGAUGCGAUGAGACGUAAGUGUUUUUGCCUGCAUCGUUGCAUUUACCAAUUACAACCACAAGUUGGCAGGUUUGAUCAGAGUUGUGACAUCACAUCCACAUUGUACAACAUUCUACAAAGCAACAUUAACAUGUUGUUUCAGUGACAAACAUCAACAUUUGUUUUUCCUUUUCACACAGGGAUAAAAAGUCUCAUGAAAAAGUAUGAACUUCCGAAACCAGACGAGGUGAACGCUUACAAAGUGAAACUGGAGAGGGUCCAUGCUGACUUUGGCACAAACUCCAACGCGUACGUAUAG